AUGGAGCCUACUGCCUACGGAACAACCUCCUUGGCGGUCGAUGAGCGACUAACCAGCCAGAUGAACGGCAAACGCCAGGCUUUCGUGAAGUGGGGUGUCUUUGGACUGGCCACGUGUGGCAUCUGCAGUACGUUGGCCUUGAUGGGGACCAGUCCGGUUCAUCAAGACGCAAUCGCCGAAGCGAUGCGAGCGACAUCGAGUGCGUUCAAGACUGCCGAUCCUGCUGUGGAUGCGGAGGUCACGUGUUUCCAGAGCUCCUAUAUUGACAACGUCACUCGGAUGAUGAAACCGAUCACCGACUUGAAGUGGAAGCGUGGAGGUCAGAAGAAUGCAAGGUCAUAUAUUGCAAUCGACCUGGAGAGAAAAUAUCAGGAGAUCAUGGGCUUCGGAGGUGCCUUCACCGAAGCGGCCGCUCUGCAGUUCCAGAAGCUAUCCCCGAAGAAGCAGGAGGAAAUCUUGACACUGUACUUUGACACGGAGAAGGGCAGUGCAUAUAAUUUCGGUCGCGUUCCGAUGGGUUCUUGUGACUUUUCAGUCGACUCGUACAGCUUCGAUGACGUGCUGAACGACACCAAAUUAUUGCACUUUGACAUGAGUGUCAAGCGCGACCAACACGUACUGAUCCCGUUCAUCAAACGCGCUUUGGAGCGCCAGCCAGAGAUGAAGCUGUUCCUGGCCCCGUGGAGCCCACCGGCCUGGAUGAAGCGCGGUAGUGACGAGUACAAGCCUAGCCUGCUUGGGUCCAUGGAUCCUGUAGGACUGAAGGACAACAUGCGAGCAGCUUGGGCUCUGUACUUCUCCAAGUUCAUCACUGCGUACAAGAAACAGGGCAUCCCGUUCUGGGGGAUCACGCCUCAGAAUGAGCCCGAAUUCGCUGCACCGUGGGAAGCGUGCAAGUACAACGCCUCGUACCAGGCAGAAUUCAUUGGUGACUUCCUUGGCCCCGUCCUCGCGCGCGACCACCCUGAGGUUACGCUCAUGGUAUUCGACCACAACCGUGCUAGUGUUCGUCAUUGGGCCGAGGAGAUAUACCACCACCCCACUGCUGGACAGUACGUGGAUGGCAUGGCUUUCCACUGGUAUGACAUGGAGCGCUACAUGGACGGAGUGGCGUAUCACGAACGUCUAAACGACACGCACUUUAUCGACCAGAACCGCUUCAUGUUGGCUACGGAGAGCUGCAACUGUCCUGGCGUCGCGUACGGUGACGCUGCUUGGUUCCGCGGACAGCGUUACGGCCAUGACAUCAUGACGGACCUGAACAACCAUGUUGUCGGUUGGGUCGACUGGAAUCUGCUGCUUGACCACAAGGGAGGACCCAACCACAAGGGAAACAAUUGCGACGCUCCAAUUAUUCUGACUGAGGAUGGCACGGAUUUCAACAUCCAGCCUAUGUACUACUUCAUCCAGCACUUCUCCAAGUUUAUUCCUGUUGGCUCGCGUCGCGUGAAGACUCACGUGGCCGCCCGCUUCGAGAAACCUGGUGAUGCUCAACUCAUGUGGGCCUACCCUGCUGCUCUUACAUCCUGCGAUGGAAGCGCUCGGCAGACGAUGCACGCGACUGACAAUAAAAAAAUCGAAGUCACUGGAUCUGGUUUCUGCUUGGGUAUGGUCGAUGCGGUGUGGCAGGGCAAGGAGAUCCAAUUGGUACAGUGCAAGUUCACGCAGCAGACGUGGACGUUCGAGGAGGAUACCGGACGUAUUCGUGUGAAUGAUUACUGCUUGUCACUCAACCACGGGUCCACGGAGAACGGGGCACGGCUGACUGCAUCUCGAUGUAAAGCUGAAAUUGUGCCUCACCAGCAGUGGACGUUCAACGAGGACGGCACGCUGCGCUCACGUGCGUCUACAACCGACCAGUGCGCGACUGGCGGGUACUCGUUCGUACAGGCCACUACGUUCGUGACUCCUGAGGACCGCAAGGUGCUCGUUGUACUGAACGAGAACACAGAAGCGGCCGACUUUGAGAUCCAGGUCGGGGAUAUGACGCUUGAGACUAGCAUCCCUAAGGGUGCCAUCCGCACGUUCACGUGGAUGUAG